AUGGCAGCAGCACAAGCACAAGCAGGACAACACAAAUGGAACUUUGGAGCCGGUCCCGCCAUGAUCCCCCGCCCAGUCCUCGAACGCGCCCAAGCCGAGUUCCUCAACUACCAAUCCACAGGUCUCUCCCUCAUGGAACUCUCCCACCGAUCCCAACCGUACGAGGACCUCAACAACAAGGCCCAGGCGCAACUCCGUCAACUCUUGAAGGUUCCCGACAACUACAAGAUUAUCUUUAUGCAAGGAGGCGGGCAUACUCAAUUUGCGGCGGUGGUUUAUAACCUCAUUGCCUGGAGGCAUCAUCAGAAUGGGGCCAAGGGCGAUUGGAGACAGAUUCCGGUGGAUUAUGUAGUGACCGGAUCUUGGUCUGCCAAGGCGGCGGAGGAGGCCAAGAGGUUGGGGGCGAACUUGAGGGUUGUGUGUGAUGCCAAGAAGGCUCUGGGCGCGUACACGGGUAUCCCGGCCGAGACGACUUGGGCGACUUCUGAUCCCCAUGGUGCUACUCGUCAAGCGGAUGAUGAGGCCGGACAGAAGCCUGCGUACUUGUAUUACUGUGAUAACGAGACUGUCAACGGUGUCGAGUUCCCUUAUGUCCCUUCACUCCAUGACCCCUCGGUCCCCCUCGUCUGUGACAUGUCGUCCAACAUCCUCUCCCGCCCUGUUGAUGUCUCGAAAUUCGGAGUUAUCUAUGCCGGCGCCCAGAAGAAUAUCGGCCCUGCCGGUGUGUCGGUCGUCAUUAUCCGGGAGGACCUGUUGCAGACCAGCGAACUCAAGGAUGGUUUGCCAGCCGUGGCCUUGAUGUUGGAUUACAAGACGAUGGUCAAGAACAACUCGCUCUACAAUACCCCACCCAUGUUUGCCAUCUACAUCUCCUCCCUCGUCUUUGAGUGGCUCCUCGACGCCCCUUCCCAGCGUGUCCAGGACGGCGAUGCUUCCAUCUACCCUCACUCGUCCCUUGUUGGAGUCGAAGCUGCCCAGGCCAGGAACGAACGCAAGGCCUCGAAACUCUACAAGGCCCUGGACGAGUCUCGAUUCUGUAGGAUUGUCGUUCAGGACAAGGCUGCACGUUCAAAGAUGAACAUCCCCUUCAGGAUAUCUGCUACCCCCAAGGGAGACAGCUCGGCCAUUGUUGACAAGAAGAAGGAUGAGGAGAUGGAAGCUGCGUUUGUGGCUCAAGCUGAGGCCAAGGGAUUGUUGCAGUUGGCCGGUCAUCGUUCGGUUGGUGGAAUCCGUGCCUCGAUCUAUAACGCCAUGACCGAGGAGGGUGUUGAUGUCUUGAUCGCUUACCUCAAGGAGUUCGAGAGCCAGUACUAA